CAGCGACUUGUCAGUUCUGGCAGCAUACGUCAGGAGCUACACAUAAACAGUAUAAGAACUCAUUUAAAACUGUCAGCAAGUCUCAGUGACGGUAAAAACUUUUCUUUAACAGUAAACCGAAGGGAAGUUAAACAGGUGAAGUUGAAAGUGAUGUCUCUAAUAUAAAUUUGGAACAUGAUUUCGUUUACAAGUUAAAAAAAAUAGUUGACGUAAGUUAAAACAACAAAUUUCUCUUUAAUUAAAAUGACGGAACUCUUUUAAUAUUUACAUCCCUUAAAACCUAAUAAAAUUAAUUUAAAAAUAAAAAUGUUUAUGAUAGUUUGUGCAAAACUGUCAUCUUCGAGCGUUGUGUAUGAGCCGGGUGACCAGCCACAAGCCUGAUGUGCUGUGACCCGCGUCAGUGUUAAACCAACGUGAUCCAUCUUCAGCUCAGAAAGCGAAAAUUCUACAUCAAGCCCAUGGCGUGUGACAGAUAUUUUGCUACGAGCAUGUUCCUGUUCUCAUUACGAAAUCCUUGUGACCCAACUCUAGUUCAGAAAACAUUGCGACCCAACUCAACUUCAAGGCACUGAGAUCCACAGAGGGGCAAGGACGGACGAAAUGAUCCGUGUGGCCUCCAUAAGAAGAUUCAGCUUCCUUCUUUACGCCAUCACACUCAGCGUGAAAAUGUUGGUGGUAAUGAGCGACGAGCAGGAGUAUCGCCUCACACGCUACCUCAUGGCUAACUACGACGCCUCGGUGCGGCCAGCUAGAAACUCCUCAGAGGCACUUUCCGUCGUGUUCGGCCUCUCCCUUCACAGCAUCAUCGACGUGGACGAGAAGAACCAGAUCCUCACCACCAACUGCUGGCUCACGCAGAUCUGGACAGACGCACACCUCACCUGGAACGCUUCAGACUUUGGCGGCAUCCAGGUCAUCAGAGUUCCUUUCCAGCGGGUUUGGAAACCCGACAUUAUUCUUUAUAACAAUGCCGAUUCGCAGUACUCAGCGGCUACCAUCAACACCAACGUGAUUGUGACUUCGGCAGGUGAAGUAACGUGGCUUUCACACGGCAUCUAUCGCUCCUCGUGUGAUAUGAACGUUGAAUACUUUCCCUUCGACAUCCAGUCCUGCAAGAUGAUGUGGGCCUCCUGGACAUACGACGGCUACCAGGUAAAUCCCUCUACAGACUCAAAUGACGAGGCACAGUCAAUUACAAAAUCCAACGGAGAGUUUGACUUGUUCGGGUUCACGGCGGCUAAAAACAUCACCCCUUACUCUUGCUGCCCUGAACCUUACCCAGUAACCUCAACUAUCAAACUUCGACGGGGGACCUAUGUUUUACGCUUCAACCUUAUUGUCCAGUGUGUAUCCAUAAAUGGUUUGACGCUGCUGGUGUUCUACGUGCCCAGUGAGUCUGGGGAGAAGGUGACACUGGGCAUCUCAGCGCUGCUUUCAAUGACGGUCUUCCUAAUGACUAUCCGCGAAUCUCUACCACCUACCGAGAAGACUCCUCUUAUAAGCAUGUAUUAUGGAGUAACCAUCUGCCUGGUGAGCUUUGCGUCGGGUAUGUCGGUCGUAACGCUAAACAUUCACCAUCGUGGAGUAAGGGGUACAGAGGUGCCGCGACUGGUCAAGAUGGUCGUUCUGGGCUGGCUCUUUCCCAAAAUUUGGUCUUCCUUUCACUUCGAGCCAACCAUCGUCCUUCCCGACGACAAAAAUAUUCACCUCAACGACUUAAGAUCAGAGCAAAGCAUCAGGCUGGAGUCUAUCAGUGCUGAGAAGUUACACAUGACGGAUUUGGACAACGUGGACCACUUCAGUGUUUCUCCAAGGUUCAACCCUAGAAGACACACCACACCCAACAAUGACUCUACACCCACGGCUACUAUCACCACCACACCGACCUCAGAUUUCGAGAACCAGUUCAUGCGGGUCCUUAACAAGGUUGUACCCGAUAUAGAGAAGAACGAAAUGAUUUCACAUCAUCAGCGAACAGUGACACCUCUGAUGGGAAUUUGGAUGGUGAUGGGAUAUGUGAUCAGAGCAGGAGAGUGGACCAGGAGCUAUGUAGCGGCGAAGGAGUUGGCUGGCUUUGUUGAUGAUGAUGAUGAUGUCAGGUUUGCCACGGUCUCUGUGAUAGAAGAAAGUAUUAAAGUGGCACUGGUAUUUGACCGGUUCCUCUUGGCAUGCUUCCUGCUUUCCACCGUCAUCGCCACCACAACUAUACUCUUCUCUUCUCCUCACGGCCCAUGACGCCACUUCAGUGCCCUCUUCGGCAGUAAUAAUGAUGUUUAGAUUUAUUCUCAAACGAACUUGAGGUUUGCGAUAAUGCCCAAAGACAUAUUUCGUACUCUGUGUAAUAUUUGUUAGAUUUUGUUUUGGUUAUAUUUGGUUCCAGUGUGCUCCUAAAGGUGACUGAAAGCUUGCUAUGCUCACAAAAACUGUAGACUAAUAUCAUCGUCACACAGUGUUUGAUAUAGCAUUGGUAACCGCCAGGAAAGUCUGCUGCUCCCUAGUUUUUAUUUCAGUUAAAACUUUGAAGUAAUUCAGUGUGAAGAACGAGUCCCUCUUCACAAUUCAGCUUGUGGAAAAUGUUUGUGUUAAUGAUGCACUCAGCUAACUUGGACAAAAGGACCUUUCAUACACCCUUGCUCUUCUUUUGAACAGAAAUACUUCAUACACAUUCGUUCGUAAUUUAAAAAUGAACUUUUUUAAAACAGUAAAUAAUCGAAAUCACCAAAAGUAUUUUCAACGCUAAUGAUAUUUUCGUUACAUUAUUAACUGAAAAAGCCAAAUGAUCAUCGAUUUAAAAUAUUACAAAUUCUGAUGUGAGUUAACUGCAAAACGAAACAUUUUUUCAUAAGUGGAAAAGGAUAGAAUACAUCAAUGCUGCCACUGAAACUAUCGUCAUAUUAUAUCCAGUUUAUCUACAGAAAUAAACUUUCUGAAUUUUCGGAAGUGUCUUCAUUGCUCAUCAGUAUAAUCCUUAAUUAAAUCAAAAUCAAAGUGAAUCCUUUUGCUUUUAAAACUGUUUUUUUCCCCGAUUUCCAACACAUAUGACACGUUGAUUGGCUGCACCUUGGAGAAACCUGAACAAUUAAGGUUCCGCGUAAGGAACGAUGUUUCACUUUGAUGAUAAACGAUGAUGCUUUUGAAUCGUCAAAAAAUUAUUAAUUAGACUGGAUAUUAUAUGAAGCUGGUAUUCCUGGCAGCUUUGAUAUUAUCAUUCUGAGGCUUUGUUCACCAUGUGGAAGAUGAAUUUCUAAUGAAGUUAUAUACAGAUGCGACCGAUUUACUCAUCGUUUGUAUCGGCAAUUGGAAGAAAAUCAUUAUAAUGAGGAGAAUUCAGCUUAUUCUGAUGAAGACGGGGAAAAAAAAUAUUGUCAAACGUGAUAAGUUGUAUUAAAUAAAUUGGAUGAACUGUGAAAA